ACAAUGCACCGCACACCCUUUACUGGCCGGCCCCGCGCUGCUCUCCUGAGACCCCGCGGACCAGCGCAGCGACCCGUUCCCAGCGCUCCUCGCGCUUUGCGCGGCGCGUCCUCUUGCCGGUGACCCGGUGUGCGUGGGGUCGAGGCGCCGGGCGGAGCGGCUCCGGGCCGAAACGCCAUGCGGAGGGGCGAGCGCAGGGACGCCGGGGGUCCGCGGCCGGAGUCCCCGGUGCCCGCGGGCAAGGCCUCGCUGGAGGAGCCGCCUGACGGGCUGUCUGCCGGCCGAGCCACCGGGCCGGGCGCGGGCCGCCGCAGCACCGAGUCCGAGGUUUACGACGACGGCACCAACACCUUCUUCUGGCGAGCCCACACCUUAACCGUGCUCUUCAUCCUCACCUGUACGCUUGGCUACGUGACGCUGCUGGAGGAAACACCUCAGGACACGGCCUAUAACACCAAGAGAGGUAUUGUGGCCAGUAUUUUGGUUUUCUUAUGUUUUGGAGUCACACAAGCCAAAGACGGGCCAUUUUCCAGACCUCAUCCAGCUUACUGGAGGUUUUGGCUCUGCGUGAGUGUGGUCUACGAGCUGUUCCUCAUCUUUAUACUCUUCCAGACUGUCCAAGACGGCCGGCAGUUUCUCAAGUAUGUUGACCCCAAGCUGGGAGUCCCGCUGCCAGAGAGAGACUACGGGGGAAACUGCCUCAUCUACGACCCGGACAAUGAGACUGACCCCUUUCACAACGUCUGGGACAAGCUGGAUGGCUUUGUUCCCGCGCACUUUCUGGGCUGGUACCUGAAGACCCUGAUGAUCCGUGAUUGGUGGAUGUGCAUGAUCAUCAGCGUGAUGUUCGAGUUCCUGGAAUACAGCCUGGAGCACCAGCUGCCCAACUUCAGCGAGUGCUGGUGGGAUCACUGGAUCAUGGACGUGCUCGUCUGCAACGGGCUGGGCAUCUACUGCGGCAUGAAGACCCUCGAGUGGCUGUCCCUGAAGACGUACAAGUGGCAGGGCCUCUGGAACAUUCCAACCUACAAGGGCAAGAUGAAGAGGAUCGCCUUCCAGUUCACGCCCUACAGCUGGGUUCGCUUCGAGUGGAAGCCGGCCUCCAGCCUGCGUCGCUGGCUAGCCGUGUGCGGCAUCAUCCUGGUGUUCCUGUUGGCAGAACUGAACACGUUCUACCUGAAGUUUGUGCUGUGGAUGCCCCCAGAGCACUACCUGGUCCUCCUGCGGCUCGUCUUCUUCGUGAACGUGGGUGGCGUGGCCAUGCGCGAGAUCUACGACUUCAUGGAUGACCCGAAGCCCCACAAGAAGCUGGGCCCGCAGGCCUGGCUGGUGGCGGCCAUCACGGCCACGGAGCUGCUCAUCGUGGUGAAGUACGACCCCCACACGCUCACCCUGUCCCUGCCCUUCUACAUCUCCCAGUGCUGGACCCUCGGCUCCGUCCUGGUGCUCACCUGGACCGUCUGGCGCUUCUUCCUGCGGGACAUCACCUUGAGGUACAAGGAGACCCGGCGGCAGAAGCGGCAGAACAAGGAUGACCAGGGCAGCGCCGUCGGCAACGGGGACCAGCACCCGCCGGGGCUGGACGAAGACCUGCUGGGGCCUGGGAUGGCCGAGGACGAGGGGUCACCAACUCCAAACUGACCUGGGCCGUGGCUGCCUCGUGAGCCUCCCAGAGCCCAGGCCUCCGUGGCCUCCUCCCGUGUGAGUCCCACCAGGAGCCAUGUGCCCGGCCUUGCCUUCAAGGUUUUUUCCUUUUCUCCCGUGCACCUGGCAAGGCUGAAGGCGAGGGUGGAGGAGGCCCCAGCACAGCCUCAUCUCCAUGUGUACGCGUGUGUACGUGCGUGUGUACGAGUGUGUGUACGAGUGUGUGUACACAUGCGUGGCUGCCUGUGGUGUGCACGUGUGCUCUGGGCUCUGAGGCUUCUCCAGAGGGCGGAGCUGGCUGGCGUGGCAAGGGCGUGCUCUGGGGCAGCGUGUCCCUCAGGAACCAGGGUCCUCCCUCCCCUUUCUGCCUGGUCAGCCCCAUGGCCUGUGGCCCACCAAGCGCCCUGUCACCCGGCCAUGGUGUGGCCCAGGCAGGGACAUCUCGGUACCCUUUUUGCACUCCGUGGGCCCUGGGUGCGCUGAGGCCUGGAGGCGCCUACACUGGCUCCGCAUCCACCUCCCCGCAGCUCGUGGGGGCGUUCAUCCACAAACACUCCAUGGCUGAGAAGCCGCGGGUCCAGGCGGCGACGCUGAGCCACCUUCUCCAAGCCUUCCUUUCACACAGACCACCUGGAGGACACGUGGGUGAUGGGGUCAGAGAUCACUGAGCUGCCCCUCAAGGGGGCCUGGAACCCAGGUGCUGGGGUCAUGCUGCCUCUGUGGCUCCGAGUUGAGGGUCACCUUCACGAGCAAAGAGAACCAAUAAAGUGACAACGAACGUCUGAGGCUUCCAGCCCUCCCCCC